CCUGUGCUUGUGCUUGUGCUUGCUAGGGUUCGCGAGUACUGCCUCGUCCCACCUCCCUUCUUACCGACACCAACCCGGCGGCAACUAGGGUUUUGCUCCCGCGACCUCCUUCCGAAGCCGCAGCUUUGAUCCCGCGCCGGCGGCGAUCCAGCUCCCCGUCCUCCUCUCCCCGAUCCGGCCUAGUUUUUUAAAAUCUCCGGAUCUCGUUCAAGAUGCUUCCCCUCUCCCUCCUCAAGACAGCCCAGGGGCAUCCCAUGCUCGUGGAGCUCAAGAACGGCGAGACUUACAAUGGCCACUUGGUUAACUGCGACACGUGGAUGAACAUCCACCUCCGGGAGGUUAUUUGCACCUCAAAGGAUGGUGAUAAGUUUUGGAGGAUGCCCGAGUGCUAUAUCCGUGGGAACACCAUCAAGUACCUUCGGGUUCCUGAUGAGGUAAUUGACAAGGUUCAAGAGGAAACUUCCAAGAGUAGAUCAGAUAGGAAGCCACCAGGUGUUGGCCGCGGAAGAGGAAGAGGAGAUAUAGGCACCAAACCUGGAGGCAGAGGCAUCGGACGUGGCCAAGAUGAUGGGAAGGGUGGUGGCCGUGGAAGGGGUGGAAUCGGAAGCAAAGGUGGGAAUAGGGGUCGUGGCCGUGGGUGAGAAAGAUCCUCAGGUGCAAGAUUGCCGCAUUUUAAGGCCUGUAGUUGUGUUGCAUAGAUUGCUUAGGACAUGAAAGACUGCGGAACUUUGGUGGGUUUUGUGGUAUGCCAAACGGUUUGUGUGGUCCGAAGUUACCGUGGAAGAGUCGGCUAUCGAGCUGUCUCUGUUCUUCCAAAUGAUUUACUUCAUACCUGGGCUGGGGUACUGGUAUUAUGCGUAUAACUCAAAAUGUUCAUUUGCAGAGUUCCAGCGCAGUUUAUUUUAUGUUUGUCGGUUGUUGAGAA